AUGGUCGAUGCGGUUGCAGCGGCGGUUCCUACACCGGGAAACCUACCACCAAGCUCUCACGUUGCGGCCACGGAAGCGGUCCUGCCGGAAUCCGGAACAUCUACACCGACCAUGGCGGAGAUUGACAGUAAUCCUACGACCGCCGAGGAGAAGUUACGUGAGGCGACAGAAUUGAUCGGACAAUUGGAGGAGGCUGCUCGCGAAGCGGAAAAGGUGGAUCUGCUAGGCCCGCACUCGGAAGAUAGAGUGACUUCGGGAAUUCGUCGGAUACACGCCGGUUUUCGGCCGGUGGAGGAGAAACUGGAGGAAGAUGAAUGGUCGGGGGAGUUAGCAUUGGGUCUUAUGGCCCAGCUCAAGAAAAUGAUGACGCUAAAGAAGGCUGAGAGUGAAGCGUCCCGAGGAUAUUUUCCUCUGGAGUUGAUAGCAUAUUGGCUUAAGGCUCGUAUAGUAGGGAGGCAGAUCUGGCGCAAGAAAUGGAUGACGCAAAGGAAGGCUGAAAGUGUAGCGUCCGAAGGAGAUUCUCUUCCGGACUCAGAUACGGAAAGACUUGUAGGAACGCCCAAGGAAGACUCGGCAAAUGACGACGAGCAGCGGCGGAAGGUUAUGGAGAAAGAGUUGGAAAAACAACGUCAAAGGCGUCUCAACAAGGCAAGGAAAAUCCAGAAGAAGGCAUUGUUGGCCAAAGAGAGGGAGGAGAAGAAAAAACAGAAGGAGGCCGCGAAAGCAAAGAAAAGGAUGGCGAAGCACCAACCGGGAAUGUUCGUUGACUUUAAGAAUUUGGGUACGAAGAAGCAGCUGUUGCAGAUAAAAGGACAUGCUUUGCAUUCGCCGACUACAGUACAGAGGGACAUGGUAGUGAAGCCCAACAACGGAGAUAUGGAUGUCACUCCUUCGCAGAUAUCGCGUUUGGAAACCAAUGGAUCAACUUCAACCGAGCACCUCCCGAAACUACCAUUACCCGCAAGCCCUUCGGAUUCGAGUCGAACGCGCAAUGAGAAUAUCGUGGCGGCUGCACCUGUUGAUGGCGCACAAACAUCAACGACAGACGCUCCGAUCGAGAAUCUGGUAGGAUUGGUUAAAGCGCCUCCGCGUUUGCCUGGGACGAGCAUGGGAUCGUCAAGCGCGCCUGACAUUGCUCAGCUCAAGUCGCAAGCCACACCACAGCCUUCACCUUCACGGAUAACCCAGGCACCAACGAAACCAAAUAAUCAUCCUGCUCGCCGGCCCAUGGGUCGCUAUUGGACUGGCCAAACCGGCAACCCGAAGAGCAGCAUAGGAAAUGCCGCCUCGGUCAGGGACGAGGCCCGCAGCGAAGCCUUCACCCCGAACCACGCCUCUGUCUACAACUAA